AUGAGCCUCACCCUGUGCCCUAUCAUCCCCCCUGUUGAUACGGCGGGCCGAGCCAUGGUGACAAACGCCUCGGAGUCCGAGUUGCAACGACGUGACUCUGUUGAACCACGUUCAACAGAGCGCGAUAAGUACUUGCAUGAGUUCUCUAAUCUCCAUCUACUCCUCCAUCCUCAGGACCACUCGCAGUCACAGGAAAACGAUCCUUCACACCUCUGCCCCAUCUCAAAUCCACCAUCGAUUCUCUAUAUGUCUACUCAGACUACUCGUGUAACUUCCGGGCGUCAUCGUCGUCUGACGGAGAAGGAGAACCAGCGCGUGACCGAAAGGGAAGACACCAUUCGCCGCAAGGCUGACAAGUUCAAGAAAAGUGACAAGGCUGACCGUCGUGCUCGCCUACGUCAACAGGAGGCGGACGGCGAAGAGGUCGACGAAGGUGAAUUGAUUGCGAGUGAUAUUGACGACACCGAAGACAAUAUGGUAAUUAAUUCAUUGCGUCCAGCCGGUUUACCACCUGAUUUUGCUUUUGAGUUCACCGAAAGGACUGUGACUACUAAGCUGUCAGCAAAGAAGUCCCUGGCCUACCGCUCUGAGAAAGUCCCUCUUGCUCCAGUCAACAACAAGGGACCCAAGCGUGGUGAUGUUCCCAUGCUUGUGUCCUCAAGUGAUGAGGACGAUGAUGUUGCGCCCGUCGUUCCCCGCCGCAUCUUGCCGAGGAAGAAGGUAACGCGCGCACUCAUUGAUGAUACUGAGAAUGCUACCACCACCACUCCUGUCGCCAUGUGCAUGGCCAAGAAGCAUCCUCGCGAUGAUGAGGAUGAAGACAACGACAACGACAAUGGUCUUUUGAGCCCCAAAUAUCAGAAGUCAACUGAUGGCCCGAAGCGCCCGAGGGCCAAGGAUUUUGACGAUUUUACGCAGGAGGUUCUUGCGAUCGCCAUUUCUGUUUUUCGGUGCAAGGUCAGUAGCAAGGGUCCAUUCCCGGACACCAGCACCUUCGAGACCGAGAUGGCACAGCAAGCCUGGCAGGAGGCUUGCACGAAGACGGGCCUCAAUGUUGCACUGACUCCAAUGCUGCUGAAAAUGAUUACCAAGCGCACCUCCCAUGUCCGCGGUGAGUUGAAGACCAAGGUCCGCGGCGUCAUACAGUCCUUCUUCGGAUUUCGCAGUGGCGAGAACAAGAAGACUAUUGCUCGCAACCGUCAGCAUGCUGAGGAUCUUAAGGACGGAUACACUUUUGUGUAUGCAGAUAUGAACAAGAAGACGGGGCUAUACAAGACUGAAAUUAUUCAGAUGGUUAUCAAUGAUAUGUGGUUCGCGAACAAGCAGGACGAGGGUAUCCGCUACCAUGAAUACUUCAACCCGAUUUCUGACGUAACCAUUGCACUGGUCCUUGCGGCGAUCGAGUGCGGCAUCGAUGAGUGGGCCACAGGCAUCAAGGAAGACAUCGCAUUCUCUGCUGCCAGCUACAAGGAGGUCUACGAAGCUCACCUUCAUUGUCUUGAGGAUUUCGAGAAGCAUACAGUCAAGUAUGGCAUCGUUCGCAAGCUGCGCGAGACGCUGCACAGCAAUGCUCGCUUCCAUUCUGGAGCUGAGCCUCUUAGCAAGACGAUGGUGCCCGCUCUUGGGGUGUCUGCAUUUGACGCCGCCAUUCGUGAGUGGGAAGACCCGGAGGCGGAAGACGACGAUGAAGAGGUGCCGGAGGGAGAUUUGUCCCCGGGCAUCUAG